AUGGCUAACUUGGCAAAAUCUGGUUACUUCUUCUCCAAAAACACUCACAGCAGGAUUAAAGUUGGAAUAAAGAAGAUUGUUAGGAUGAAUGAGCUUCCUCUUGACUCGAAAUAUAUGGAAAACCCAUUAUUUAUCGGGAGAAACAGAUCCAAAGCUUACAAAGACUUGAAGAACAAGGAGGACCCCUGGAUCCCUCUUAAUUCUCUUUUUAAACCCAUUCCCUCCUCUGAUGCCGCAACCAAUGAGUGGGGCAUGUUGAGCUCUCUUCAAACCUUGGAUGGUGAUUGGGACAUGCGAAAAUUGCUCCGCCUGUUCAACAGAAGGACUAUUGAUAAUAUCAACAAGAUUCCGUGUACCAAUAGAAACCUGAAGGAUAAAUUCAUCUGGAUUGGAAAUUCUAACGGUUGCUUCUCUGUCAAGUUAGCGUAUAAGCUGGAGUUUGAGAAAAACAUUACUGAGUCCCCUUGGUGGAAGCAUCUUUGGUCCUCUAAACUACAUGAACGGCUCAAUUUUUUCAUGUGGAGGCUAGCAAGUAAGGGAUUAUCAACCGCUUCAAAUCUUAUGGCUUGUAAUCUUCAAAUUGAUACUACAGAUUGUAUACAUGGCUGUGGGUGCUUAGAAACAGAUUGCCACAUUUUUUUCCACUGCCAAGUAGCUAAAGCAGUGUGGUUCGCCACUCCCUGGGGCAUUAAAUGGGAUUAUUUUGUGUCUAACUCUCUCAAAGAGAAACUGAACAUUCUUGCCAAUCCUAUUGGUGUUUUACCAAUCGACUCUGCGGACAAAGAAGAUUUCUUUUUGUGUGUAGCUAUCGUUUUGGAUCAGCUCUGGAAGAUCAAAAAUAGCACCAUCUUUGAGAACAAGCUUUUCUCUCUUGGAAGCACUAUGGACUGGCUUAAAGUCAGGUUCCGAGAGGCCAAAUAUGCAGCUUCCCCUUAUAUAACUCCCCUGGCUAUCCCUAGCAUACAGAAGUGGCACAAACCACCUCCCCAUUUCAUUAAACUCAACACUGACGCAGCGAUAAGGGAUGGUACAAGCAUGAUUGGCGUGGUUGCAAGGGAUCACCUUGGUGAAGUUUUGAAAAUCAGGGCAGUCUCUUUUCCAUCUGACAACCCUGAACUUGCUGAGGCUUAUGGAAUUUUUCAAGGUCUUCUGCUAGCCUCAAAGGAAGGAUGGACCAAACUUGUGUGUGAAUCUGAUGCAAAAAACAUCAUCUCCAGCUUAAAUGGCUCCAAUUUGCAGUUAUCGCACUGGGCCGCAGAAGAAGUUCUGAAAGAUAUUCUUUUGAUGCAAGGUUUGUUCCAGGAUGUGGUCUUUGUCUGGGCUCCUAGGAAUUCUAAUUUCUUGGCGCAUUUUGUUUGUAAUUGGUGUAUUAGGAUUUGUAUCUCUGGUACCUAA